UUUGGACUUCGAAAUUUCGAAAAAUCGAAGCAGUUUCGUAAAUUAUUUGAUCUUCUAAAUUUUCAAAACAUGUCCAUUUUCUCCUGACCAAAACUUGGCCAGAAAUAUUGAAAAUCCGUAGCAUUAAUUUCCAGUAAAAUAACCCCGCGAACUGUGAACAUGUCAACCAACAUUGAAUUCGCCGUUGAAAUGAGCGGAGAUGAGAUGCCUGAGAAAAUAAAAUCAUGCUUGGGUGAUACAGCCGGCGUAGACGAUAUACGUAUUUUCCCCGGAACUAGUACGGUUGUGAUCAAAUCCUCGUUACCAGUAUCUAUACUUCAAGAGAAGCUCGAAUCGACCGGUCAGAGAGCUGUGAUAAAAGGAUACGGUGGUACCGAAACAGGAAGUCUUCAAGCAGCAGUUGCCAUGGUGGGAGGAGAAUGUGGUUACGGUUUGGGCCAAGUACAAGGAGUCGUUCGAUUCAUCCAAGCUAAUGAAAACGAAUGUAUUGUAGACGGUACGAUCGAUGGAUUAAGUCCUGGUUUACACGGAUUACAUGUUCACGAAUUCGGUGACAUUUCAGACGGUUGUAACAACGUCGGUGAUCACUUUAAGAAGACUGAUACUCCACACGGAGCUCCUGAUAAUGAUCCCAAUUUCAGGCACACCGGUGAUUUGGGAAACAUCCAAGUAGAUAACGACGGAAGAGCACAAUUCAGAUUCGUAGAUAACGUUUUGAAAGUUUGGGAUGUAGUUGGUAGAACAGUUGUUGUAACUGAAGACAAAGAUGAUCUCGGUAAAGGUCCCAAUCUACAAUCGACCAUCGAUGGAAAUUCUGGAAAAAGAUUGGGCUGCGGUAUCAUAGCUCGUUCAGCUGGUUUAUUCGAAAACACCAAAAGAAUAUGCGCUUGUGACGGAGUAUCUUUGUGGGACGAAAGAAAUAAACCACUAGCCGGACCAGGCAGAAGGAAUCGUUUAUAAACAUACCAUAAAAUCAACCUCUUAAUUAUUCCAAAUGUGGGCCCAGUUACUUAAAUUAAAGUUGUAUCUGUGAUUUUACACGUUCGUGUAGGUAUUUUAUAUUGUAUUGUAUUCACUCAGGGGGUAGUUAUCCGGUAACAUUAAAAUUUUUCGCAUCUCUAA